CGAGUAGUGCGAAACUGAAAGCAGAAUCAGAUCAAAGGAAGAAAGACAAACUGAGCCAAAAGCCAGAGUUCCAUUGCAACUGGCCUCGGCUUCAUCGUCUCAUUCAGAAAUCUCCAUCUUAAUCCGAUAAUUAUUCCUCUGUUGGAAACGAAAACCAGAGAUCUCUGCGGAUAUGGCACCGACGUCAGCUCUGGCGAAGUACAAGCUGGUCUUUCUCGGAGACCAGUCUGUUGGAAAAACCAGUAUCAUUACACGCUUCAUGUACGACAAAUUCGAUAAUACGUAUCAGGGACACUGCUGGACAGGAAAGAUUCAGAAGUUUAAUACCAAGCUAUAUCAGGGACUCGUCUGUCGCGGUCAUCGUUUAUGAUGUUGCAAGCCGGCAGACUUUCGUAAACACUUCGAAAUGGAUUGAGGAGGUGCGCACUGAGAGGGGCAGUGAUGUUAUUAUAGUGCUUGUUGGGAACAAAACGGACCUUGUGGAGAAGAGGCAAGUCUCCGUAGAGGAAGGAGAAGCCAAAGCCCGUGAACUAAAUGUCAUGUUUAUCGAAACAAGUGCAAAAGCUGGAUUCAAUAUCAAGGCACUAUUCCGAAAAAUUGCUGCAGCAUUGCCCGGAAUGGAAACUCUCUCUUCGACAAAGCAAGAGGACAUGGUUGAUGUCAACCUGAAGUCAUCAGGCAGUGGUGCUGCACAAUCCCAGCCGCAGUCCGGUGGAUGCGCCUGCUAGUGAGGCUCGACAUUGAGGAAUCGCUCGCUCUUUCUUGCCUUUUGUUUUCAACACCUCAAUCUUCUAGAACUGUGGCAUUCAGGUACAAGGUGUGGUUAUAUCUAUCAAUGCCUGCUUGAGCAAUUCGUAAAAUGUAAUAGGUGGCAAGAGUAGGCGGCUGUUAUUUUAUGGAGUAAUUUGAUGUAUUGGUGGAGUCAUUAUUUGGGUUUUGGGAUUUGGGAGGUGUAAAAAUUAGAAAAUUUAUCUGUCGGACUCGAUUACAGAAUUUUGCUUGUCUUGUAAGUUGUAAUUCAUCUUUAGAAAUUCUGCAAAUUUCAUUUGCUUUUACAAUGAUUUGUUGAGUUGGUUCAUAUUA